AUGCGACUUAUGAUUGCUUGGUGCUCUUGCUUGGUCUUCUUCUUCCUAGUUCAGGCAAGUCAUAUAGCCAGUGGCCUGGUUUACAAUAUUACUACAUCAGAGCCGCUCUUUCCGAACCAAACUCUUGUCUCCUCUGGCCAAAUCUUCGAGCUUGGGUUCUUCACGCCGAAUGGGUCAGAAAAUCAGUAUGUUGGCUUAUGGUACAAGAACUUGAGGCCUUCUAAAAUCGUGUGGGUGGCCAAUAGGGAUGUGCCGCUUGUGUACACAGAUCGGUCUGCGAGAUUAACCAUAGGCAGAGACGGGAAUUUGAAGCUCGUGGACGGACAACAUAACAUAGUUUGGUCCACCAAUGUCUCGGGUCAGUCCAAUAAAACUACAGCAUCGCUAUUAGAUAGUGGAAAUUUUGUUCUGCAAGAUACCACUUAUAGUGUUAUAUGGGGAAGCUUCGAGGAUCCAACAGACACUCUUCUUCCGGGAAUGAAGGUGGGAUUAAAUGUCAGGACUGGAGCGAAACAGUAUCUAAUUUCCUGGAGAAGUGACAGUGAUCCAUCCUCUGGAAGUUUCUUGACUGGAAUGACAUCAGAGACUCCCCCACAACCUUUCACUUGGAAUGGUGCAACCCCUCACUGGAGAGGCGGGCAAUGGGACAAAACAAAAUUUAUUGGCAUAGCAGAUAUGGACCAAUCAUACUUGAGUGGGUUCAAUGUCCAGCAAGAUAUUCAGCAAGGGACCACUUACUUUUGGUUCGAUACUUACAACAGGUUCUUUGGAUUCAUGUUCGUAUCACCGGAAGGAUCUCUUAAGACAAUGAUAUGGGAUGAUGGAGCUAAGGCAUGGUUGACAAAUUGGGUGGCACCAAACAAUACGCGUGAGAUUUACGGAAUUUGUGGUCCUUUUGGAGUUUGUAACUCAUUGAAUUCACGUACUUGCAGAUGCUUGUAUGGGUUUGUGCCAAAAUCAAAUGUAGAAUGGAACAGUGGAAACUGGACUGGAGGAUGUGUAAGAGAGAUAGAAUUGAAUUGCCAGAAAAACACAAGCACCUCAGCUUCAACAAAGGUAAAGAAAGAUGCCUUUUGGCCAAUGAGCCAGAUGAAGCUACCUGACUCUGGGGACUAUUUAUCAGACAUUGGAGAUCAAGAAGGAUGUCUAAGCUGGUGCCUGAGUAAUUGUUCUUGCUUGGCUUAUUCUUAUGUCGGCACCAUCGGGUGUAUGGUUUGGACUAAAGACCUCAUUGAUCUUCAGGAAUUUCCCACAGUUGGGGAAGAUCUAUUUGUUCGAGUUGCACAUGUAAAGGCAGGUGGAUCAUCCCAGAAAGCAGUUAGCAUCAGCCUGAGUAUUAUUGCCGGGAUCAUGUUCUUUUCCGCAUUGGUUUUUGGUCUUUACAAAUGGAGAGCUAGGAAAAGAGGAAACUUGAGCAAAUUUCCAAGGCUCCUUGACUCGGUAGAUACAUCUGAAAAUCUGGGUGAAUUGGUACAAGGAAAUGCAUGGAAAGAGCUGCUGAAGCAAGAUGAUUCUCUGGAUUUGACCCUUUUCAGUUUUGAUAGCAUACUACUAGCUACAAACAAGUUCAGCACAGCUAGUAAACUUGGCCAAGGAGGGUUUGGCUCCGUCUACAAGGGAAAGCUGAAUGAUGGGAAAGAGAUAGCUGUGAAAAGACUUUCUAGUAGCUCGGCCCAAGGUGUUGAAGAGUUCAAGAAUGAGAUUGUCCUAAUAUCGAAACUCCAACAUAGAAAUCUUGUUAAACUCAUUGGUUACUGCAUUGAAGGAGAAGAAAAGAUUUUGGUGUACGAGUACUUGUCGAACAAAAGCUUGGACACCUUUCUUUUUGAUUCAAGAAAAAAGUCAGAACUCGACUGGGGCAAACGAUUCCAAAUUAUUCAGGAGAUUGGAAGGGGGCUUCUCUACCUCCAUCGAGAUUCUUGCCUCAGGAUCAUACAUCGAGAUUUAAAAGUGAGCAAUAUUCUCUUGGAUGAAAAGAUGAACCCAAAAAUUUCGGAUUUUGGGCUGGCUCGAAUGUUCGAGGGCACUCAAGUUUUGGUGAACACUCACAAAAUUGUCGGAACACCUGGCUAUAUGUCUCCUGAGUAUGCCAUAGGUGGAAUGUUUUCCGAGAGGUCCGACAUCUAUAGCUUUGGGGUCUUGCUACUGGAGAUUGUGAGCGGCAAAAAGAACACGGCCCUGUGUGAACAGGGACAAUAUCUCAAUCUCCUUUCCUUCGCAUGGCAUUUAUGGAGUACAGGCAGAGCAUUGGACCUACUGGAUGAAACAAUUGCUGUUAGCUCUCCGUUGGAGGUAACAAGAUGCAUCCAUGUUGGGCUUCUCUGUGUUCAGGACCGUGCCAUGGAUAGACCAAACAUGUCUGAUGUGGUUCUGAUGCUAAGCAGCGAAUCUGAUCUUCCCCAGCCGAGACACCCCACAUAUACUUUCCAAACCGAAUUGCCAAACCGUGCUAUUCCAGCACAGCAAGAAAGCAUCUGGUCUGUUAACACCGUCACUGAUACAAUAGUCGAAGGAAGAUGACGGUUAUAUUUCUUCCUUUUUAUUUUCCUUUUUCAGCAGAUGAUUUUGUUGUUAUUUUCUAAGAUAUUAGUGUUUGUUCAGUUCAAGGAUCGCAUCAG